AUGGCAACUCCAAAAACAAUUUUCCACACUCGUUCAAUCAGUUUACCCUCUAGACCAACCACACUCGAUGUAAGCGUCGAGAACUGCUUCCGGAGGCUGAGGGUCUCCCAAGCGGGGCCCUCAUCCUCGUCGUCAGUUUGUCAAAACUUGUGUAGUAUCAAAGAUUUGUACAGGCAAAUGAACAAAAUGGUUCAUUUGCCGCAAAACAAAAAAAUCCUAUCUGAUGACCUUAAUAGAGGAGAGGUUGAGGAGGUUCUAGAAGGAUCCCUUGUUUUGUUAGAUAUCUCUAGCUCCACAAUAGAUGCAUUGUGUCAAACAAAAGAAUCUGUUCUAAACCUCGAGUCAGCACUCCGUAGGGGAAGCAUCAGUGAAGCGAUUGAUGCAUAUAUGAUGUCGAGAAAGAAAAUUAACAAGACAUUGUCUAAGUGUCUUGUGAGCUUGAAGAAAGCCGAGAAAUGCUAUGCCAAGACAGAGUCGAGAAACAACAAUGCUGGUCUAAGGAUGUUGAAGGAGGCUGAAUCGGCCAGUUUCGCGACAUUGAAGUCUAUGAUCUCAUAUGUAAUAGGGAAGAAAGUCAUGUCACCGGCACAUGGAUGGUCUUUGGUUGCAAAAUUGGUGAAGUCCAAACAUAUAAAUAGGGAAAGGGAAUUUGCUAGUGAAGUCGAGGAUUUAGAUCGUGUUUUGUGUGCUCUAUCAAACAAAACUUUUAGCAGUGACACGAAGAUUUUGCUAACACAAUUAGAGGUAUUAGAAAUGGUAAUUAGUGAGCUUCAAAACCAAAUGGACUCCGUUUCUAGAUGCUUCAUAAAAACAAGGGUUUCUCUCCUUAAUAUACUGAACUAA